AUGUGUGCAGCGAUUACCCACCACGGCAUCAUUCAUCACCAUACUACCCUUGGCCCCUACAACACCACCCAUCUGAUCCCAUUCCUGGACACCCUACACAACACACUCAUUCCACCAGAUCAGCAUAUUCCCAGGGUCAGCGAACAGGACAUCAGCAGCUGCCAGUGGCUCCUUACCGGAGCUAACAUUGGCAAUGAGAUGCGCAGCAUCGAGUUCAAACUAGGCAGAGGAAGUUACAUGGCGAAGAUUUUCAGCAAACAGGUCUUGAAGUAUGGCUGUGCCUUCCUUAACAUCGGGGGAGGGAGUCUGCUGGUCGGAGUGCAGGACAACGGAGUGGUCUGCAGUUUGUUCUUCAACCAUAAGAAGGAGGACCGGACCCGCCUGCACGUGGACGACAUGGUCAAAGAUUUCAAACCUCCGCUCCUUCCCCACAACUACAGCCUGCGCUUCCUGCCUGUGAUAACGCCUGGCAGGCAACAACACUGCCUCAAAGUGCUGUGCCUCACCUUCCAAGCGCCUCCGGCCUUCGCCGAACCAACCCUUUAUCGGGUUGGCCUGGACCAGGUGUACAGUCCCUGA